AUGGCUGACAAGAUGUUAGAGAACUCGCUGCUCAGCGCUGAAGUGAAAGAGGGAGAGAUUCUGCCUCCCACCAUUCAGAAGCUGAUGAAAGGAUACAACAAGUACCUCAGGCCUUUUUUUGACAAUGGGCCAGUGACUGUGGGCAUGAGUUUGGACAUUGCCAGCAUUGACACCAUAUCAGAGAUCAACAUGGACUACACGGCCACUAUCUUCCUGCGUCAGCGCUGGACAGACGAGCGCCUGGUGUUUGAGGGUAACAAGAGCCUGAGUCUGGACGGCAGGCUGGUGGAGCUGCUCUGGGUACCAGACACCUUCAUCGUAGACUCCAAAAAGUCCUUCCUCCAUGACAUCACUGUGGAGAACAGGCUGAUCAGGAUCUUCCCCAAUGGAACGGUGCUCUACGCCCUGAGGAUCACCACCACUGUGGCCUGCAACAUGGACCUGACCAAGUACCCCAUGGACAAGCAGACCUGCACUCUGCAACUGGAGAGCUGGGGCUACAACAUCAAUGAUGUGAUGUUCUACUGGACCAGAGGGAAUGAGUCGGUCAGUGGUUUGGAUACGCUGCGCCUGGCUCAGUACACAGUAGAGGACCACUACACCUCUGCGUCUGAGGCCAUCUAUGAAACAGGCCACUACCCCAAGCUGAUCUUCCACUUUGAGCUGAAGAGAAGCAUCCUGUACUUCAUCCUGGAGACGUACGUUCCCUCCAGCCUGCUGGUGGUCCUCUCCUGGGUCUCUUUCUGGAUCAGCCAGUCUUCCGUCCCCGCAAGGAUCUGUAUCGGAGUGACCACGGUUCUGACCAUGACCACGUUAAUGAUGGGUGCCAGGACGUCCCUGCCCAACGCCAACUGUUUCAUCAAGGCCAUCGACGUGUACCUGGGCAUCUGCUUCAGCUUCAUCUUCGGAGCCCUGAUCGAGUACGCCGUGGCCCACUUCUGCACCCUUAACCAUCCCGACGCCAAUAUUGUCAUGUACGGUCACCAGAUGGGAGGCUUUGACGAGGAGAUGAACGGCAUGGUCACCACCAUCGCCGCUGAAAACAACAGGGCCAAGAGGCGUAAGGAGAAAGCUGCUGCAGAUGAGGUGGCCUUAGCGCCCACAGCUGACCUGGAACUUUGCCCCUCCAGCCCCACUGGCAGUGAGCCCAAGCCUGAGGCCCCUGAGGAGCCCCCCAACCGCUGCCUCAUUGUCCUGGUCUUCCUACGCAAGGUCCUGCGCAAAGCUGCAAACUGUUGCCAUGUGGAGAAUCCCCACUUAAUAGACAAUUACUCCAGGAUGACCUUCCCCCUUUCCUUUGUGUUCGUCAACCUCCUCUAUUGGACAUACUACCUGUACUUGUAA